GCGGCGUGCGCUGCCCGCCGGGAAGCGUCUCCUGUGCGUCUGCGCGGGAAGUGGAACCUGGCUCCGGGGAGAAGCGGCGUGAGAUCCGCGCGGGUGCUAGCUAGUCCUUUCUCGUCGCUGCUCGGCUCGCGGCCCGUGGGGUCGGCCGCGCCACCGUCGCCGCCAUGCCCAUGAAGGGCCGCUUCCCCAUCCGCCGCACCCUGCAAUAUCUGAGCCAGGGGAACGUGGUAUUCAAGAAAUCCGUGAAGGUCAUGACAGUGAAUUACAACACGCACGGGGAGCUGGGCGAGGGCGCCAGGAAAUUUGUAUUUUUCAACGUACCUCAGAUUCAAUACAAAAACCCUUGGGUGCAGAUCAUGAUGUUUAAGAACAUGACGCCAUCACCCUUCCUGCGAUUCUACUUAGAUUCUGGGGAGCAGGUCCUGGUGGAUGUGGAGACCAAGAGCAAUAAGGAGAUCAUGGAGCACAUCAGAAAAAUCUUGGGGAAGAAUGAGGAAACCCUCAGGGAAGAGGAAGAGGAGAAAAAGCAGCUCUCUCACCCAGCCAACUUCGGCCCUCGAAAGUACUGCCUGCGGGAGUGCAUGUGUGAAGUGGAAGGGCAGGUGCCCUGCCCCAGCCUGGUGCCUUUACCCAAGGAGAUGAGGGGGAAGUACAAAGCCGCUCUGAAAGCCGAUGCCCAGGACUAAGGCCCACGGUCACUGUGGGCUGGGGUGAUGGUGUCUGACCAGUGGGGAGAUUGGAAUGGGAUUACUUUGGCCCAGGGAAGCCCCUGGAGACUCUGGAAAUCCUUUUGCAUUAAAAGGACUUUACACACCUGUGUAAAAGGAUGUGGGAGAGGAGGGUCUGAAGCUGAGCUGCUAAAUGAAUAUCCCUGCUCUGCUGGUCAAUAAAACGCUUCCUAAUAGCAGCUUGGUGUGUAUCUGGUCCUAGUGAAGAGGAAGGCCUGUGUAGUAGGCUUUGGGCCUGGGAGGUUAAGGCCACAGCCUGUUGACACCUGUUUUGGUCCUGCGACCCUUUACUGGUCUCCGCUGGCUUUGAAUCUUCCUCUGGGCCCUACUCUGGAGAACAUAAGGGCUGCUGUGGUUGAGUCUGGCUAGCACCGUCUGUGGUUGGCAGUGUGGACACCCCUCCAUUCAGUUCUUUGGGGUAUUUUUCAGCAAUCCAAAGGCAACCCUUUGUGCAGUGCUCACUUUUUAAAAUAUAGUUGAUUACCCUUGCCUGCUGGGGGGCCUAGCCAUGGGCCAGAGAUGGAGGAGCCCCAGUGGCUGACAGGCCAGCCUCACUGAGGCACGUACCUGCUGACCAGUCCGCCACUGCCAACCCAUGGCCCAGCCACUGUGUGCAUUAGCAGGGAACUGUGUGCAUUAGCAGGGAGCUGUGUGCAUUAGCAGGGAGCUGUGUGCAUUAGCAGGGAACUGUGUGCAUUAGCAGGGAGCUGUGUGCAUUAGCAGGGAGCUGUGUGCAUUAGCACGGAGCUGUGUGCAUUAGCAGGGAGCUGUGUGCAUUAGCAGGGAGCUGUGUGCAUUAGCAGGGAGCUGGUUUGUAGGCCAUGGAGGAAAAGAGGAGACACCACCUAGGGGAGACGUUGGGGCCCUGCUGGGGGGAUGGUGUCUAUAGCUGGCCACCUGGCUCUGCUUGCUCCCUCAGGCCCUACUUACCAAGCUCUGGAGGAGGGAGUGCUGCAUUACUGAGCAACUUCCUCAUUCUUUCCUCAUAGGACACUGAUGUUACUGUCACUUUAGUUAUGCUAAACUGGAGGUUUCAGCCUCCAGAAGACAGCAGAGCCCUCUAGGGUCACCUUAAGAAUAGGUUUAGCUAGGCUGGGUGUGGUGGCUCAUGCCUGUAAUCCCAGCACUUUGGGAGGCUGAUGUGGGCAGACAGUUGAGCCCAGGAGUUCGAGACCAGCCUGGGCAACAUGGCAAGACCUUGUCUCUACAAAAAAUACAAAAAUUAGAUGGGUGUGGUGUUUCGCGUCUGUAGUCCCAGCUAUUUGGGAAGCUGAGGUGGGAGGAUCUCUUGAGCCUGGGAGGUCAAGGCUGCAGUGAAUCAUGAUCAUGUGCUACUGCACUCCAGCCUGGGCCACAGAGCAAGACUGUCUCAAGAAAAAAAAAUUUUUAAAUAAGUUUAAUUGUAAAGUGAAGGACCAGUUGGACCAUGGACCCCUAGAAACUCAGCCAAGGAGACGAGACUUUAUCUGAUACAGGAAGGCAGUGGUUAAAAGAAUUAAAAAAGGACAGUGGUGCUUGACAGAGCAGGACUGAAGAAGUUUUCAUUCAUUCCUCUACCUGCUGGAGCCUUGGUCAAGUCUUAAAGCUUUCCAGGUCUGUAACUGGUUUUGUCUGUAAAAUGAGGAAAAGGUUACCUUUUCUGCCACAUGAAGUAGCUGGCUGGUGAAAUGAUGUCAUACUACAAUGUGUUUCAUUAACAGUUGAGAGAUUAUCACAUUAAAUGUGCAGAUUUGGAUCUUUUA